UUCCGUUGGAGCUCCGCGGCCCUUGGCUCCCAGCCUCACUUUCCGCUCGCCCGCCGCGCCGCGCUACCCCACCCGGCACCGCCAGAGGAAAACCACCGCGCGACACGUCACGCCGAUGCCAGCCACCCACCCAGCUCCCGGCCGCGCCGGUAAGCUCGUGUCCCGCUCGCUCUGCACUGCGCGAUCACUAGCUACUUCAGCUAGCUAGCUAGCCAGCCAGCCGAACGAAGAGGGAGGGUGGGCAGCGAGCGCGGCGGCGGCGGCGGCGGCGAGAUGGACCACACGGCGGACGCGCACCGGACGGACCUGAUGACCAUCACGCGGCACGUGCUGAACGAGCAGAGCCGGAACCCCGAGUCCCGCGGCGACUUCACCAUCCUGCUCUCCCACAUCGUCCUCGGCUGCAAGUUCGUCGCCUCCGCCGUCAACAAGGCCGGGCUCGCGAAGCUCAUCGGACUCGCCGGCGAGACCAACGUCCAGGGAGAGGAGCAGAAGAAGCUGGACGUGCUGUCCAACGAGGUGUUCGUCAAGGCCCUCGUCAGCAGCGGCCGCACCUGCAUACUUGUGUCGGAGGAGGACGAGGAGGCAACCUUCGUGGAUCCUGCGCUGCGUGGGAAGUACUGCGUCUGCUUUGAUCCGCUUGAUGGCUCCUCCAACAUCGACUGUGGCGUUUCAAUCGGAACGAUCUUUGGGAUUUACAUGAUCAAGGACAAGGACAAUGUGACGCUGGAGGACGUGCUCCAGCCUGGAACGAACAUGCUUGCUGCGGGAUACUGCAUGUAUGGCAGUUCUUGCACGCUUGUUCUGAGCACUGGGAGUGGUGUCAAUGGCUUCACACUUGACCCAUCACUUGGCGAGUUCAUACUGACUCAUCCAGACAUCAAGAUACCUAAGAAGGGAAAGAUUUAUUCAGUCAAUGAAGGGAAUGCCAAAAAUUGGGAUGCGGCUGUUGCGAAGUUUGUGGAGAAGUGUAAAUACCCCAAAGAUGGUUCGCCACCUAAAUCUUUGAGAUACAUUGGAAGUAUGGUUGCUGAUGUUCACCGUACCUUGCUCUAUGGGGGUGUAUUUUUGUACCCUGCUGACAAGAAGAGCCCGAAUGGAAAGCUCCGUGUUCUGUACGAAGUUUUCCCCAUGUCAUUCCUCAUGGAGCAGGCUGGAGGUCAGUCCUUCACAGGCAAAGAACGGGCUCUUGAUCUGGUCCCAACCAAGAUCCACGAGAGAUCCCCGGUAUUCCUCGGCAGCUACGACGACGUGGAAGAGAUCAAAGCAUUGUACGCCGAACUGGCAAAGACAAGCUCGGCUUGAUCAGGGCAUCAUACGAGGUGUAAAUCGACUUCCUGGCCUUGCUGUAACUUGAUUCAGACAUUUCUUACCUUUGUGUCGUCUUAAGCUUGUAAGAUUCAGUAUAAUAGUAUGGAGGCCUUGAACAUCUUCACAAGCAACUAAAAAGGCCUCCUUACAAGUUACAACAUGACGCUAAUACAUACAUGUAUACAUCUCUAGCAGCUAAGUCUUGUGUUCUCUGGCUAAGCA